AUGUACUCUCGUUCUAUCCUCCUCACUUUGGCGGCUGCUGCCAUCCCGCUCGUUAGCUCAGAAGACUCGACCCCAGAGGGCAUCUGCUACUCCUACGGUGUUGACUUUGUCGAUGAGGGCCAAUACUUCAUCGACUCUCAAUCCACCGAGGCUUUUAGUGCUGUCUCCUACUUCCAAGGCUGCAACGAAGACAAGGCAGAUGUUCUUCUCGUUGCACCCGAGGACACGCAGGGGGAGACUGAGUUCUUGUGUGACGAGAUCCUCACUACUCCUGCAGACGAGAACAAACUGUCGACAUGUCCCAUCAAGAAGAACCAGAUGACCUCUGGACACUGGCUUCUCUUGGUAUUGGGCAACAACGGCAAAGGUGGUCAGCCUUUUGCAUGGCAAAGAGAUCUCUACUUGACUGUGGGCCCACAGGUCACCACCACCUACACCCCAACAGUGACCAUGUCUGUCAUCACUACGCCUACAAUCACUCAGACUGAUAUCACGACGUCGACGGACACUAUUACUGUCGGUCCAUUCUCGACUGUCACCAUGCCCAGCGGAACGGCCAAGAAAAUUAAGACUAUCACCCCCAAGGCAGUCACUACCACAUCCACCAAGACUAUGACACGAACAAAGGUCUCCACCACGAAGCAAUUCGUUUACACCACAAAGACCGUCACUCCAACCUGCACCAGCCGACCCCACACUGGCAAGCCUGACAAGCCCUGCGAGUACUCGCCUACCAAGAUCCACCCUGCAGCGUUGGUUACACCUACAGUCAUUCCUCAAGCCCGCCGCUGGGCUCCCAGGGCUGAUCGUGUGGCUGACGUUGAGUGGGUUCGUGCCCGCAUCGAGGCCGCAAAGCAGAAGCGCGAAGCGGCCAAGGGCCUCAACCGCCGUGCACCUGAUGCUCCGACCACCACUGUCACUUUCCAGACGCCCAUCUCCACAACCCUUACCCAGACUGCCGCAGCCAUCACUACCACCGAGACUGUGCUACAAUCAACCGAGGUCACCUCGACGAUCCCUCCUCCUACCGUUCUGUCUGGUAUUCUUACCAGGACGACUACCCUGCCUACCCCUACUAAGACCAAGGUCAAGUUCAGCUUCACUACUACCACCACAACCAAGACCUAUGGCGCCACUUUCACCAGGACCACGACGGCACCUCCCGCUCCUUCAGUGACUGAGUGCAAGAAGCACGGUGGACACUACUGGUGGAACUAG